AUGCCAGCUAUGUGGAGACAAGGGCCGAUCAAAGUCCCGCCGCAUUUGCUCACUGCUAGUGGGAAGAUCCGGAAGGAGGUCGCUUUGCCAUCUCAGGAGGACAACACUCGACCAAAUUGCGAACUGGGCCCGACAUGGCUCCUUAUACCCAAUGACCUUCGGACUUGCCUGCUGCGCCGUGGAAAUGAUGCACGUCAUGUGCCCGCAGUACGAUAUGAUCGCUUGGGUCUGAUGUUUCGCGCCUCGCCUCGCCAGUCAGAUGUCAUAAUUGUCGCAGGUACCCUCUCGAACAAAAUGGCACCUGCUCUUGGCCAGGUCUAUGACCAGAUGCCCGAGCCGCGCUACUCCGUCGUUCGAGGUUGUGAUCGGAUCGUGCCUAUUGAUGUUUACGUUCCUGGAUGUCCCCCGACUGCCGAAGCACUCAUCUAUGGAGUUUUCCUCAUUCAGAAGAAGAUCCACAGAACUAACAUCACACGAAUGUGGUAUCGGAGAUAG